AUGGAGGUUAUCGAUGGGUUCACACAUGCCACUGGCCCUGCACGAGUAUACGGACCUGAUGCAGGCUCGUUCAACUCACGUAGCUGGGUUGAUUUCCCUCAACGUACCCGCAGCAAUUGGGCCUCCGGUCGACUGACGGCUCCGCCUCAUGGCGCAUUACUGUAUGCGCCUCACGGAAGCAACAAUGUCUCAACCACAUACUUUGAUGACCAAGCAUUGGACGCAGCCCGGAAUGACGAAGGUACUGUAAUUCGUGUAUUCGCAGGACCAGCUGUACGGGAGUCUGUCUGGGGAGAAGCAUGGGGCCUGUCUGCCAAUAUAUCCUGCAUGCCCACUCCACUGGAUCAUCUUCAGAUGAUAAGGAACGAUGCAUACAAUUCCUCUGUGAAUAUAUGCUCCACCGAGGAGGGUUGUGAGUUUCAGUGGCUCAACACCGACGAGGCGAACAGAAUAAAUGCAGCCCGGCUAAAUGGCCUGGAUGAGCAAAUAUUGGACAUCCCAGUAUGGUUAAAUGAGUCUCGUGAAAUUCAUUUGCAAAGAGGUCUUCAGUCUUAUUCACUGCUUGCAGCUGCUGAUGGUUGGUCGAUGAUAUCGACAGAGCGCUCUGAGAAGGCCACCACAAGUCCCUAUAACAACGUCAGCAACCACGAUGACUCGACGUUUGACCAUAUUGUGAGGGGUGCUCGGCCAGAAGAUGUCACUAAUUCAAUGUUCGAAGUGCUCCUUUGGCAAGCUGGAGCAUCUGGGGAGGGAAUAGUAGAUGACGAGAUUUUCAAAGAUUAUAGGCUCCACCCUUCACCUUUAGCAACAAUAAAAAAUGGAACCACAAAUCUUUUCAACAGUGGCGAUGCCAUCAAUUCUGGCGUCUUCCUCGGUUUUGGCGUUCAUUGCGAUAUCAAAUCUGCCGUUGGCACUGCAACUCUCGAUCCCGAUCAACGUACGUUUUUCAACUUCACGCGUGGGAAAGCAGCUCCCAGUAACGUGACAUUCCUAUUCCCUUUCAACGUCGCGCCUGUGCAGAUUCAGGCCAUGGCCUCUUUGGCUGGAAAUCAGUAUUCUGGAAAUGUCGAUAUGGCACUCACUCCACGAGAAGAGUCUGAUACGGAUUCGACUUUGACGGCAAUACACAAGGCCAUCGGCUCUACGAUGCGGCGAAGAGCCGAUGAUCAACCUGGGAUAGUUCUGUACUACCCGACGCUGUCCACCGAGAACGUGACUCUUGCUAUGUACAAACUCCUUGGUGAGAGCGUAAUAAGCUUGAUGGGAGAAGGUGGCGUGAACCCCCGGAGCAGCACAUCACUUUAUGCACUGGCGCCCUCCAGGUACCUCCGACCUGGUACUGUUCCCUGGCAAUUGGUCCUCGCGCUUUUGGCCCUAUGGGCCUUCUCGACUUCACUCGGCGCUCUUCUGGUGGUGAUCUGCAAGCCCACGAAAGGCAUGCCGCCUUGA